CCUGGAAAGAGGAAUGGGGCCCCAGCUUUUGGGCCUUGGGAGGCGCUUUAGAACACCGUCUUUCCAGGACAAUGAGACCUCUUUACGUUUUAGCUACACUCGGUGGCGGCGGAGCCUGUGUCCCAUUCCUGCACUAGGACCGUGAGCUAUCCUCCGCCCCCCCGGGCGAUGCCCUCUGACGUCACUGCGAGGCGCCGGGAAGCCGGCGACUGUGAGUACACCAUGACAACAGCUCCUGACAAUACCCGCCUCCCCAGCUUCUGGAUGUCCCUUCAGGUCUUGUGGUCUUAGCUGUAAAAGACGAAGGGCAUGGGGCCGUUUCUGAUCCCACAGUAUGGAGGAAGGGAGAGGCGAUAACUUCGACGGUGUGAGCACCGACCCCCUUAAAAUGGAGUUACUGGAAGAAAUCCGUUUGAAGGAUAUAGUGCAACUAUCAAUGCUUGAAAUAAGACACAAGGUAGCGGAACUGGAAGCCAAACUCAAUACUGAUGAUGAAGGUGGUGAAUGGAAAGUUCGUUAUGAGACACAACUUGAACUGAAUGAUCAACUAGAAAAGCAAAUUGUUUCUCUAGAAGAUAAAAUGGAAAAAAUCCAUAGAAAUUCUCCAGAUAGAUUGUCUUCUGUGUUUAUGAACAAACACCAGUGGCAAGAAUACUUAAAUACAUUACUUAAACAGCUAGAGAAAGAGAAAAGAAGCCUUGAAAAUCAAGUGAAAGAUUGUGCACUGAGACUGGAACAAGAAUCAACGGCUUACCGCAAGACCAAUGAUGAGCGCUGUAGGUACCUAGCUGAAAUGUCUCGGGUCUCUGACUCAUACCGAGUUUUUAAAAGGCAACAGAUGGAUCAACUGCCUAGAAUGAAAGAGAAUCUAGUGAAAAUGGGAAGAUAUAAACCAGUUAACCAAAAGACAAUGAAUGCCAAGAGAGGACCAGUAAAAAAGAUUACAAGAUCAAACCAUCUUCCAAAACUCAAUCUGUAAUUCUAAAACUGGGUGGAUUUCUAUUUCUUUCCUAUUUUCAUCUGUAAUAGUCAACUUGUGAAGUUAAUGUUUAACUCAUUUUUCAGGGAAUGAAAUAGAUAAGAAAGAGCUAUCAAACUUCUUUUUAGCUCCUUUUCCAGAAGUUUAUUCCUUUGUCUGUAUGAAAGUAAUUUUCUAAGUGAUCUUAAAAUAUCUAAUAGCAUUGCCUAUGAUUUUAAAAAUAUCCUAGAAAGCCUGAAGGUUGGCACUAUUAAACUUACUUUUAAUAAUAUAUCCAUAAUCUAUGCUGAUAGUAACAUUGUUGUAUUAUAUUUGGUUUCUAGUUGACUAGAAAUGUGAAUAAUGUGAAUUCAUGAAAACAUUUUGCUGUUAUAGGCCAUAUCAUGUUCAGGUCUUUUAAACUUACAGUUUAAACAAAACUACAAAUCAGAUGGACUUUAAACUUUGAUUUGAACUAUGAUGGUGUUAUGGAAAUAGCCUUCAAUCAGUAAUCAGCUUGGUUAUAAUUCCCAACCUGCCAUGAACUUAGGAGAUCUUGGACAGGUUCCACUUUCUCAUCUUUAUGUCCCACAUCUAUAAAAUGAUGGCGGCAAAUGAUACAACCUCUAAGGUCUGUACUUUGCUAGAAAACCAAUAUUUAUUCAACUACAAGGUCCUACUACUUAGCACAUAGUGAUUUAAAUCAUUUUAUGAUGUUUCUUAAUUCAUAGCGAUGGCAUAAUUCUUUAGACCAUACAUUGCAAGCCUUCACAAUACUUAAGCCUCAAUGUGGAGAUAGACUGAGGAGAGGAGAGGAGAGGUUUGUUUAAGGGAUUAAUACAGUUUAUUGUAUUUUUCUAUAUAUGUUUAGGUUGUUUUAUAACUUUUACCUAGGUUUGGAACAUACCUAUGAUUUAUUUGCCCAAGUUAAUAAGUAAAAUUAUUGGGACUUUAUAUUUCUAGAAAUAACUCACAGCUACCUUAGUUUCCCACUAAUGGUAUUCUCACCUUAUAUCUGGAACUAAAACUUCUAUUCAAUAUCAACAGUAAUGAAUACUAAAUGCAUUUCUAUAAUAACUUUUAUAGAUACUCACUUUCUUUAAGGAAGCGUUCACAAAUUUCAUGUAGACAAUUCUUUUAUGUGACUUUAUAAAGUAAUACAGAAAAUACAAAGUAACUUUCUAUAAAUUAUUCCAAACAGGAACUGUUUGGAAAUAUCUCCCCUGCUCUUUUUUUUUUUUUUGAGGGAGAGAGUUAGUGAGAGAGGGGUGAGGGAGAAGCAGAUCCCUUACUGAGCAGCGAACCUGAUGUGGGGCUUGAUUCUGGGCCUCCAGGAUCAUGACCUGAGCCGAAGGCAGAUGCUUAACCAGCUGAGCCACACAGGCGCCCCAUCCCCCCUGUCCUUAAGCUAACUGCAGAGAUCAGAUACCAUAACCCAUAUUAUUAAACAAAUAAUAGAUUUUUAAAUCUUAUACAAUCUCUUUUAGCAUUAGUAACAAACUGAUUACUUAAAUUUUCAUAAUUAUCAUCACAGAGUCAACACUGAAAAAUAAAUUUAUUUCUAUCAUACAGAGCAAGCCAUUGUGGGGAUUGGAUUUGGAAUAUUUAAAUUUAUCGCCAUCACUGGGACAGGAUAUUAGUUGAAGUUCUUUUUAUGGUGAAUCUGUCGUGUUUAAGCAUUAGCUCUGCAGGAGCUACUCUGGGAUACUUUCCAAUGGCAGAAAAGGCCCGUCUUAAACAGAGGGAUGGGGUAGCAUAAAGAACUGGUAGGGGGACUGUCCAGCUUGCCACCUCUAAGCUUCUGAGAUUGAGUAAGUCACUUUUACUUUUCAUUGCCUCACUUUCAUCAUUUAUAGAAUUGGGAAUAAAUUUCUGUGGAGAUCAAGGAUACUUACUGCAUAUUUAUUCGUUUACUUUUUUAUACCCUAUUUCUAAAAAGGAUUGUGUUAGCUUUUACUAAAUGUAGAGGUAUAAAAACAAUGAUCAUAACAGAUAACAGUAUUGUCUUGUGAGAAUUCCCAACUAAAAGAAGCUCUAGCUUUUAAGAUUUCUAGAAAUAAGCACAAAGAAUGAAUGAAUUAUACAGCUCUCAUUUUUUUUGUAGAAGGAAAAUACAAGAGAAGUUUUGCCUAGUUCUGAGGUUUAAAGAUAAUGUAUCAUGUGAAUUGUUAUAAGAAAAUGCAAUUAUUUAUUGAAAUAACUAGUGCAAAAAUGAUAGCUUGGGAUUUUAACUUUAAUACUGAAAUAUGUAUUAAUAUCAGUGUUUUUAAGAGUUUAGAAUUCAUAAAGCAAAAUAUCAGUAAACAACACUUAAUAUAGUUCAAAAUUUUGAUGUCUAAUAUAUUAUAAAAUAUCAGUGUCAUUUAUAAAAACAAAUGUUGCUAUAAAAAAGGCAGAUGAUGGUGAGUAAAAGCAAGGAUGUGGAGAAAUUGGAGUCUUCAUAUACUGCUUAUGGGAAUGUAAACUGACACAGCCACUUUGAAACAAAUUUACCAUAUGGCCCAGCAAUUCCACUCCCAGGUAUAUACCCUAGAUGAAACCUAUGUCUACGUACUAGGUAGGUCUACGUAAUGAAAAUUUAUGUCUACAUAAAAAUGUGUUUACAAGUGUUUAUAGCACCAUUAUUCAUGAUAACUAAAAAGUAGAAACAAUCCAAAUGUCCAUCAACUGAUAAAUAGAUAAGCAAAAUGUGGUAUAUCCAAACAAUGGGGUAUUACUCAGCAAUAAGAAAGAAGGAAGUACUG